CGGGGACUCGUUCUGGGGUCCGGGACCAGCAUGGACCGGAGAAGCCCUGCCCACCCGGCCUCCCCGCUUCCAAGGGACCGCGCCUCGCGCCGCCGGCGGGCCAGGAAGGGCCUGCGCACCUCGCCGCUUGUCCUCCUGCUCUCGCCAGGCGCCGCUCCCGGUCUGCGAGAAGGGCCGUUUUGCUGCUGCGCAGAGCCCCGGGAGCGUGCCAGCCGGCUUCUGAGCUCGUUCGCACGUCCGGAAAUACCUCUGGAGCGCCCCAGCCUAGUCUUGGAGCCCUUUGGGGACGCCGCAGUGAACAGGGGCUGAUGCUCCGCGCAGGAGUUAGGGAGAUAAGUAAAGGUUGGGUGGGCUGAGCCCCGCAGGUUCAGUGCCCUGGAGACACGGAGCAGGGAACAGGGCUCCAGGGCUAGACGGGCUGGAGGAGGCAGCGAGGAUCGCCCGCAGGCCUUCGAGGAUGACCUGGGGGCCUGGGCUUCCCCUGUGACAGGGAGAGAGGGACGGACGAAGGGGUGAUGCUGUUAUGAAGAAACUCGUUCUUCCUGCCGAUGCGGUAAAGAAUUACAGAUCAGCGAGUGUACUAGCGAGCGAGCAGGGCUUAUUAGUGGGGCCAGGCCGCCUCUCCAGCUGGGACUGGUACCACGCGCGUCCUGGAGGUGGCAGCACCCUGCACAGGCACCGCGCCCAGAGGACGGCCUGGGAAGGCCGCAGAGGGUUUGGGAAGGACCACGCGGAGGAGGGCUCCCAAACAGGUGCAGGCGGCACCAGGCAUCCUGAGGACUCCCUGCCUGGCGGGGGCACCCGGGAAGCCCCAUACCCCUCGCCCCCUGAGCUGCAGCCCCCCACAAACUGCUGCAUGAGCGGCUGCCCCAACUGCGUGUGGGUGGAUUACGCGGAGGCGCUGCUGCAGCACUACCAGGACGGCGGGGAGCGGGCCCUGGCCGCCCUGCAGGAGCAUGUGGAGGACGAGAACCUCAAGGCCUUCCUCCGAAUGGAGAUCCAGCUCCGCCUGAGGAGCAAGGGCUGAGCCAGCCUGGCCCGACACACCCGCCCCGCGCGCUCCAACCUCGGGCUCCUGCCCGGGCAGCGCCGCGGCCUCCUCUCUCCACGGCCCCUUUGUGGGGCUUGCGUCAGACGGGAAUUGGAAGAAUGAUUUAUUGAUUUCACUUGAAAAUAAAUUGGCUCUCUGU